CCGCGUUAAUGAAAACAAAACUGAAUAAAAUACUUAUGAAAUACCUCGUAAAAGGAUUGCGUGUGGUUAACCUCUGUCGUCGAUUAUUUCUUCCUCGAAAAAGUAUAUAAAAAGAAGGAAAAAGAUGUCCUUUCGAGAAUUACGCAAUUUUACGGAGACAAUGAGAGUACUUGGAUAUCCAAGAUUAAUAUCCAUUGCGAAUUUUCGUACUCCAAAUUUUCCUUUAGUAGCAGAAAUUUUAGUCUGGCUCGUAAAAAGAUUUGAUCCGGAUGCAGACAUAACCUGCGAGCACAACACCGAGGAAGAGCGAAUUUUUCUAAUACGUAGUGUUGCCGAAUUCAUGGCAUUAAAUACUAACGUAAAAUUAAAUACGAAAAAACUAUAUCAAGCGGACGGUUAUGCUGUACAAGAAUUAUUAAAAAUAACUAACCUGUUACAAGAAGCUCAAAAUCGUGGUAGCGAGAGUAUGAAUCAAAAUGAUGGUCGUAAGAUCAUCGAAUUCAACAUUUCCGACGAGAUAAAUGAAUUAAAAUCGACGAGGCAAUUAGCUAGUCUCUUGACUGUGAAUGGAGCAACGCUUUUUGAUCUUCUUGGUCGAGAAGUUGAACUCCGUGAUAUUAGAAACAACAAAGCUGGUAGACAAUUUGAUACUGCUGAGAUAGAAACUGCUCUGAAGGACGUCAUAGAGAAUAUGAGGAAAGAGAUAGAAGAUACAAAGAAACAAAUCGACAACGUCAAGGAUACAGAGCAAAGUCUUGAUACAAGGAUAGAAAGACGUCGAUCAGAAUUAGAAAGAAAUCAAAAGAGACUGCAAACUUUAAGAAAAGUACGUCCUGCUUUUAUGGAAGAGUAUGAAAAACUCGAAGCCGAAUUGAGAAUGUUAUACGACGAUUAUUUACAAAAAUUUCGAUAUCUCUCGUAUCUGGAACAUUUGCACGAGGAUGCAGCUAAGGCUGAACAGGAACGAAUUGAGAAACGACAAGCGGAAACUAAAAGGAAGCUGGAACAAUUGCGUUCGGAGGAUGUAAGCUUCGAAAGCAUGGUCGAAGGAAAUGAUCUAAUAUUUGGGGCAAGUCUUCAAGAAUCUCGAUUGACUCUUGGCGAUGUUGAGAAACAAAAUGUGGAAAAAGCUAUGCAACAGGGUGCUCAUACAAAAACAGAUACAGAAAAAAUGUCGAAAACACAAAUAUCUCAGCGACGAAUUUAUGGCAGCAUGUCUGGUCGCCAACGAGGAACAAUUUUGGAAUCUAAUGACAGUGCUGGUUCGCUCGAUAGCGACAGCGAUUUACUUAUCGAUGGAGAUCUCGAUGACGACGACGACGAAGACGACGAUGAUCUUUUAAAUUCUGUGAGAGGAACGGACAUAGGAAAUUUCGAUCGCAAGGUUGUUCAAGAUAAACGAUCCGUCAGCAAGGUCGAUCAUUCCGACGAAGAUUUUUAAUUGAAAACAAUUUUAAUCUCGAUGAUUCAACAAAAUCGUUUCUCUGAUCGGUAAUUUUCUUUAGCUUUAUUUGGUGUGUAUCAUAAAAAGAGAAAAAAUAGAAAAGAAUAGGUACCAUCGUACACCUAUUUCAUAGAUAUUACAUAUAGCGUAGAAUAUAGAGGCAAAAAAUUCGCAUAAUUUUCAAUAAUAAUAAUAACGAUGAUGAUGAUAAUAAUAAAAAACUAAUAAUGAUAAUAAUAUCCAUUUAUGAUUGUUCGACGAGCAAUGCAUUCGUUGAUAAUGAACAAUGCCGAGAUACAAAUAAUUAGCGAUAAUUCGUUAUAAUUCUUUUCUAUAAUAUUCUCCUAUUGGAUCUUUAAUAUUAAGAAUUUCUAAGUACACAUUGUACAUACAUUAACUACGUCUACGUCGGAUAUUGUUCCUAUGGAUAUGCAUAGGGAGUUCGUUUAAACACGUUGUGCGGAUUUUGAGUGCGCUCGUUCGAAAAAAAAAAGAAACAAAAUAAAGAAAGAAUGAA